GCAGUUUAUCUAUAUCAGUCUUGUAUUUAUAGACUACCAUUGUUAACCAUGGGGAAAGGAAAGUUUCAAAGACGGAAAGGGAAGAGCCACAAGAAAAUCAUGCCAGGAGCUUCUUUGAAAGGCAGUUUGAUGGCGAAGGGUUUCAACGCCGCAGCAGCGCGACAAACUCUGAAAGUGCAAAAUAAACUCUGCAGACUCGCGGAUGAGCGUAUGGGUGUCGAAUCUCAAACUUGGGCCAAUUCCAUUCGCCAUCAGAAAGAAAAGUGUUUGCUCCUAGAUCUACUGCCUGAAGUUCGCCUGAUCAUCUGGGAGUUUUGUAUCCUCAAUCUUCCUUGCGGUCGCAAACCUAUCACAAUAGAGAUAUCUCGGCGGCAGCAUAAUCGAGAUUUGCAUCUGUUUACUAGAUCUAUCAGUGCUAAGAGACCCUGCCUACAAAAACAAGCAUACUUUCGCCAAAAGUUCAUCGACCCAGUACACCCUAGCUUUAGAGCCCAAAUGUUCAAUCUCUUGAUGAUUUGUCCACAGGCAUAUCUUGAGAUUAAAGGUGGCGCCCUUUUAUACAAGAUAAAGACCUUUAGAUUCACUGAUCCGUUGAUCAUAUGUAUGGUUUCUGCUAAAAUCGGACGAAAGCUUUUAUUCAUACAGAGCAUUGUUCUUGAAUAUGACAUCUAUAGUAGCGAGUCACUUGACUUUGUUACGACUAUAUGUCCGUUGAUGCUCAGUCGUUCUACCUUCCUCAAAAAAUUCAGAAUGAAGCUAAAGAUUUUGAGUCGGAGUAUAGUUAUAAGGGCAACGCCUGGAUUUACAAUCAAUGGAACCCUUUUUCCCAGUCAUCACCCAAAAGUGGUACACCACAAAUUGUGCAGCGACCCGAGACUAUGGGAGUGGAGUCGGAAGCCCGAUAAAAUUGAUGAUAUCAAAGACUUCGACAUUGAUGUCAGCGGUGACGAUGCCUGGCAUAGCUAUUUUCGAUUUGGCGGAGACAAAAAUGGCUGGCACCUUGUCAGGAAUGUAUAUGCUAUUCAAGCUAUCGACAUGAGUGAACUUGUGCAGCGUCUCAAGGAAAGAUAUCCAUACUACAAAAAAUCUGGUGUUAAAGAGCAAACCACGUCCCGCAGAGGGCCUAUAUUGGUUGAUGUCUGUGAACCUGUCUUUGUCACGAAAACUGCACUAGAUUUUAUACAGGAGAAGAACGAAAAAAUGGAGAGUGAGAGGGUGGAGCGAAAGAGGUUGGAGGAGAGACCGGAGGAGCAAAAUUAAGUACGGAUCGUCUGAGAGCACAGCAAUAAUCAUUUCUGCUGCUCUAGAACCAAAGCAACGAAUCGAGUUAGAUAAAACUCAUGCCCAUGUAUUAAUAACAUCAGAGAACCGUUCA